AUGGAGCCAACUGCAGAGUUUCUGUCGGAGGGAGCACGCACUGAGCGCUUGUUACGGGAGUUGCACUUACUCAGUAGAGAAGCAGGAGUGAUCUUGACUUUGCCAUCAAGCGGCUACAUUAACACCUUCUAUGUCACCAUGAAAGUUUCCAAAGGAGCGUAUUUAGGGCGCCAACUAACGUUCAUGGUAGACGUGCCGCACAAAUGGCCGCAGAUUCCUCCACGGUUUCUCUGUGGCUAUCGACGAAUGUUCCAUCCAAAUGUAUCAUCAGAUGGUCGCGUUUGUCUAAACUUGCUGCGGGACGACUAUGAGCCUAGCUAUACGCUGGUUAGUCUACUGAUGGCUAUCUUGUGUGUUGUCGAGGAACCAGGACUUGAGCAUCCACUGAACCUUGAUGCAGCGAAGGCCGUCGAAAGAGGAGAGUGGGAAAAGAUUGUGUCUGCGCAUUUACAACAUGAACAAGGCAUUAAUACAUUUCCGUUACCGGACGAACAGCCUGUCGCCCAGGCUUGA